AUGGAUUGGAUGCAAGAAAGUCAUGUUGCAAAGGCUAUUGUUAAUGGUACAAUAUUUGAUGAUGCUGAUGAUGUUGAAAGAAAUGCUAUGGUCAUUGAAAGAAAAACAAUUCCUUAUGAUGCUAUGAUUAAUCGUGGUAAACCUGUACCGAAGCAUAUUAAACCUAUGAUUGCUAUUAUUAUUGGUAAGAUGGAUGAAAAUGGUUCAUUUGCUGUUGAUGAUGCUGAUAGAUGUAAUGCUGUUAAUUUUGUAAAGGACUUAACAACAUGUCAUCAUGGACAUAAUCAUUCGGUUAAUGAUGUUCUUAAACAUCAUAUUGGUGUUACUGGUUGUCGUGGUACAUUAUCACCAGAGCUUGGUAAAAAAGCUUUCUUAAUUAGUAAAGAAGUUAAAGAAAUAAAUGAUACAAAACCAGAGGAUGUUAUUUCAUCAAGUGAUGUUGUUGAUUCAUAUGAUGAUUAUGAUAUGGAUGAUAUUGAAAAAGAUUAUGAUCAUAUGUAUGAUGAAGAAGAUGAUGAUGAACAUGAAACAGACGAAGCAGAUACAGUAGACGAAGUAGAAGAUGAGUAUGAAACAGACGAAGCGGAUGAAGUAGAAGAUGAAUAUGAAGAAGAAUAUACAACAUUCAACACAGAUGAUGAUGUAUAUACUGAA